UAAAUAUUCUCACAGCUCUGCAGAAAUCAAUCCCUCCACUGCAGUGUAACGUUCAUAGACAGACCCUUAUGAGAUAGCCCUGAAUUUUUCUUGGACUUUCUUCGGGUUUGUCUCUUUGUACAGCUAUCUGCAGCCUGCAAGGAGAAGAUCAGAUUUAGGAGGAUUUGUAGCUCAUCAGAAUAUAGUAGUUGAGAAAUAAUGUUUAUGCUCAUUUUGACUUCUGCUGCAGCAGUUUGAAGAGUAGGACUCUAACAUGUUUGUCAGGGGAAAAUUGCUUUUGGACACACUCAUAUUCUCAUUUUUCUUCAGCCAAGUUUCCCUGAGUGAUGUCAAACUGUUGGAUCCUACCUCACCUGUUAUUGACGACCGGUAUGAUGGAUGUCGUAAAGAAGCCAUGGAGAAGUUCACUCCUGAUCUAUUAAAAGAGGAGCUCGGCAAAAGUGAGAAACUGCAGAAAGCCUGGAGAAAAUGGGAAGAUUUGAGAACAAGGAGUAACUGUACCUCACAGAUCCCUGGUGGGACUGAAGACCACACUUCUGCCCUCUCCGUCUAUCACUAUGGAGAUGGAGAGUUUUUAAAUGAGCUGAACAAUGCAGUGGAGACAAUGAUGGUGAAUGUUACCACGUAUGAAAAGGACUUCCACUUCAAGGCUCUUCAUUUCCUGCUGAUGGAUUCCAUGAUGUUGCUGAAGCCAAAGGAGUGCAGAGAUGUAUAUUUCACCAAAGAAUUUAAAGGAAAAGUACCAGAAAUAAACUCCAAAGUGAGGCUAGCAAGUUUCACAGUUGUCGACUCAGAUUUAAGCUCUGUAGAUUUGGAUGACAUAACCAUUCUUAAAAUUAAAACUUGCUUCUACGCCAACCUGGAGGACCAACUUUGUCUGAGAAAACUUGGUCAAAUACUCCUAUCUCCAGCUGAAGUCUUCACUGUGGAGAGAAUAGACAAAAAGACUGUAGACGAUGAAGGUUACACAGAAGUUGUUUUGAGCCAUUCCGGUCUGCAAAGCAACCACAACUGUGUCAUGUUUUCAAGGUCAGCAGCAGACAUCUCCACCCAUUUGUUCCUUCCUCUGCUUGUGGCAUUUCCUUUAUAUUACACAUGUCUUUAGAAAGCAAGAGAAAAAUAAAGUUCUGCUAAUUCAAGAAGGUCUAUUUAGUAACCAUUUAGUAGAAAUUUGUUAUCUAGCACAACAAGCCUUCUUGGACAUGAUUAUAAUAGUAGACAAAAAAUGUUCAUUACAGAAUAAAAACAUUUGAAUUUGUGUUUUCAUGACUCGACAAUAGAUGGAGGAAUGUCACCGCCACUCCCUUCUUGUGAUCAUAAACCAAAACCAUGUUGUAGCAUGGUCCACAUUUGAUGACAGCUAAAACCAUUGGAGAAGAUAAUUGUUGCAAAAAGGGAAAUGUGAUCACAAUAUAUUUCAAAUAUGGAAAAUGCCUGUAGGAAAAUGUUGCGUAUGGGGAAUGCUUCCCCGCCUGUUUCACAUGUGAAAAUGUUCCCACAUGCGAAUGCUGCACUUAUGGCUUUAUUCAUUUUUAACAUUUUUACUGUCACAUGUGGAUUUUUUUUUGUCAACAAGCUUUGCAUGUUUCUAUGUAAUAUCAUUUCAAUAUAUGAAAUACCUGGGAAUGUUCCAACAAGUGAAGUGCAUGUUUUCCAAGUUAUACAUUUUGAGAAAAAACUAUUUCGACUGUGCUUUUUGUCACAUGUGAAGUGUGUGCCAACCUUUGCAUGUUGAUAGGUUGUGUGUUUGGCUCCAGCUUUGCUCACAAUUUGUCAAAGCGUCUUUGAGCAAGACACAUACCAAUCUGCAGACUGUUGUUUGAAUGUCUAACUGUUGCGACUGUGCUCAGUUUACACAUUUUAUGUGAAAAGCUACAGAUUUUAGAUGCCAUGUGCGAUUACACAUGAGCAUCAGAUGUAAUUGCAGCGGUUUCACAUGUGUUUCACUUCUGUUUCACAUAUUAUACCUUAAUAAAUUCACUGAAAUUGCAUUUGUCAUGAGCAUAACAUGUAUUUUGACAUGUAUCACAUAGGGUAGAGUGAGGUGAGUUUGUGCCAGUUUUUGCUUGAAGCGACUUUAAAGCAGAACUGCAUCAUCCAGCAGUUUUGAGCUCACAUCGUGCUAUCUACAUAAACUCAUAGUACAGCCUACAAAAGCAAGAAACAUGUGAAAAAUGUUUUCAUACUUAUCCUCAACGAUUCACACACAAAAUCAAAAUACCUUAAUCCUAACCCAUAAUAUAUAUAUAUUUUUUACUUGAAUGGGUCUUCAUCUUUUGAGUGAAGGUUAUCUUCUUUUUAGAAUAAAUAAAACAGACGAGUCUUUGAAAAUGAGAGGUCAGAUGACUAAUUACUGCCAUGGUUUCCUAGAAACAAGGAAUGGCAAAACUUCUCCUCUGUCGCAAAUCAUCCAACUCUCCCCUAUUUCUCAUGGUUAAAUUUAAUGUAAAAUUCCCAUGACUAAUCACGUUCACAUCUAAACUAUGUGUUUUUUUUUUUUAGCUAAGAUAUGUAUGUAUUACUCUGUCGUUUUUAUGCUGUGUAUGCCUUUAGUGGAAAAUCAGAAAAUAUUUAACUUCACCAAGGCUUCCUAGAUGAAAAUUUGAAAAAAGACUGAUGAAUGACCUUUCUCAUACAGCAGGGGGUUAUUCUUCUGACAAAACAAAAUAGAUAUUUUUAGUUGAGGUUACUACAAGUGCACACUAUGCUUAUUCCAGAGGAAUCUGACUGCAAAUGAGGCGUUGAAGUAAAAGAAGAAGCAACUUGUUACAGAAAAGAGGAAUUUACCAUUCCAGACAUGAACUUAAGGUCACUGAACCUAUCUUCUUGGGUUCACUGAAGGAAUGUAUUUUUUCCUUUUGUGUCAGCUUAAAAUGAAGCUUUUCAUGUGGCUGUUAUUUUGAGUUCUGAAGAAAAAUGAAGCCAGAAACAUGAGAACUAGGAGUAUGUUUGGUCACUGUUUACAGUGACAGCUAACAUGAAGCCUCUAAUCUAAUGGAAAUCUUUUUGUAUUCUUGUUCUGCUUCCUCCUCUGUCAAGUAAACCACUUUGCAUGUGUGAAAUUACUCAAAAAUGAAUAAAAUCUUCACUGAGAUAAAA